AUGGAAGAAAACCCCACCUUAUAUUUCUCUCUCUCUUCUCUUCUCAAUCUCCCUGACUCCCCUGCUCGAAGUUUUUUUUGGCCCCCAAACUCCUCGCCCAAAGACCAAAACCCCGAUUAUAUUCGAUUACAAACCCGCCAAAAGGUUUGUAACGAAAAUUUGGUGUUUUCCCGGUGUUUUUCUUCAAAAAACGGAGGAAAAACGUGUUUUAUGGUGGUGGGUCAGUGA